UGAACGCGCCUCAUGCGCUUGCACAGUGUCGGGCAAAAUGGCGGACAAAACGCCAGGCGGGGCGCAGAAAGCCAGCUCAAAGGCUUUAUUGGAAAGUAAAUUAAAGGCCUUUAGUAUCGGCAAGAUGGCGGUUGCAAAAAGAACACUAAGUAAGAAAGAGCAAGAUGAAAUAAAGAAGAAGGAGGAUGAAAGAGCAGCUGCAGAGAUCUAUGAGGAAUUUCUUGCUGCCUUUGAGGGCGGAGAAGGAAAAGUGAAGACUUUUGUCCGUGGUGGCAUUGCCAAUGCUACUAAAGAGGAGGCAGCAGCUGAUGAGAAGAAAGGAAAGCUUUACAAACCGAAGUCGAGAGUUUUGGAAACAAAAAGCUUUUUACCUUUGGAAACUCCCCAACAGUUUUUAUCAAUAGACAAACGCAAUGCAUCAAAGAAGGCAGAAAAGGAAAAGAAAAAGAGCAACCUUGAACUCUUCAAGGAAGAACUAAAACAGAUACAGGAGGAACGUGAUGAACGUCACAGGUUGAAGGGCAGAGUUAGUCGUUUUGAGCCGGUUCUCCAAGCGGAAGGACGACGAUCGUCGGAUGGUUCUUCACGAAGAAACCGUCCAUCCAGUGUUUUGGAUGAUUCAGCUCCUGGUUCACAUGAUGUUGGUGAUCCAACAACUACAAAUCUUUAUUUAGGGAACAUAAAUCCUCAGAUGAAUGAGGAGAUGCUCUGUCAGGAAUUUGGUCGCUACGGUCCAUUAGCCAGUGUGAAAAUUAUGUGGCCCAGGACUGAUGAGGAGAGGGCCAGGGAUAGGAACUGUGGUUUUGUAGCUUUCAUGACGAGAAGAGAUGCUGAACGUGCACUUAAAAAUUUAAAUGGAAAAAUGAUCAUGAAUUUUGAAAUGAAACUGGGAUGGGGCAAAGGUGUACCAAUUCCUCCUCACCCCAUAUACAUUCCACCUUCUAUGAUGGAGCACACCCUCCCGCCUCCACCCUCUGGACUGCCCUUUAAUGCCCAGCCCAAAGAAAGGCUGAAGAACCCCAAUGCUCCUAUGCCUCCCCCUCCCAAGAGCAAAGAGGAGUUUGAGAAGACUCUGUCGCAAGCCAUAGUCAAAGUGGUUAUCCCAACAGAAAGGAAUUUGCUCUCUCUAAUCCAUCGAAUGAUCGAGUUUGUGGUGCGUGAGGGACCCAUGUUUGAGGCCAUGAUCAUGAACCGAGAGAUUAACAAUCCACUCUACAGAUUUUUAUUUGAAAAUCAAGGUCCGGCUCAUGUCUAUUACCGGUGGAAGUUGUACACAAUAUUACAGGGCGAUUCUCCAACAAAAUGGAAAACUGAGGAAUUCAGGAUGUUUAAGAAUGGAUCUAACUGGCGACCACCUCCCCUUAACCCAUAUUUACACGGCGCUACUGAAGAACGCGAAAAUGAUGAUGACGAUGAUGUUGAUGAUGAUGAAGAAUCCAGCAAGAAGGGCUCCUUAAAAGACGAUGAAAGGGAUAAACUGGAGGAGACCCUUCGAGGUCUUACGCCAAGGAAGAGUGACAUUGCUGAAGCCAUGCUCUUCUGCCUUACACAUGCUGAUGCAGCUGAGGAGAUUGUGGAAUGCAUAGCUGAGUCUUUGUCCAUACUUAAAACCCCUCUGCCAAAGAAGAUUGCUAGGUUAUAUUUGGUGUCAGAUGUGUUGUAUAACUCUUCUGCAAAAGUUGCGAAUGCCUCUUACUACAGGAAAUUCUUUGAAACAAAACUUGGUCAGAUAUUUUCUGACCUCAACGCUACAUAUAAGACCAUACAAGGCCACUUACAAUCGGAGCAUUUCAAGCAAAGAGUAAUGUCCUGUUUCCGUGCAUGGGAGGACUGGGCAGUGUAUCCUGAUCCUUUCCUGAUUAAACUUCAGAACAUUUUCCUGGGACUUGUCAGUCUUGAUCCAGAAAAGGAGAUUGUAGAGUUGAUUCCAGAGGUUAGUGUGCAAUUGGAGACCAGCAUCGACAUUGAUGGUGCUCCUAUUGUGGAAGAGGAUGUGGAUGGUGCUCCUCUGGAUGAUGUUGAUGGGACACCCAUUGAUGGAGCACAAAUUGAUGGUGCACCUCUUGACGACCUGGAUGGAGUGCCUAUCAAGGGAGUGGACGAUUACCUGGAUGGUGUUCCUUUGGAGCAGAAGCCAGGUUUUAAGGUAGCCCCAUCAAAAUGGGAAGCAGUGGAUGGUGCUGCUUUGGAAGCUCAAGCCAUAACCACAUCAAAAUGGGAGGUCUUUGAUUUGCCUGAAGAAUCUGAGAAAAGUAAAGCGAGAACAACACAUGAAACUGAGAGCAAAGACUCUCUGAAGAACUCCAGCUCUGCAGAGCAGCAGUCCUAUUCUAAUCCUAUUAGAGAAGAAUAUGAUUUAAAGUCUGCAAAAUUUUCUGAGACGAGCGAGGAGAAACGUGCCAAACUACGAGAAAUUGAGGUUAAAGUCAUGAAGUUUCAAGAUGAACUUGAAUCUGGAAAACGACCCAAAAAGUCUGGACAGAGUAUUCAAGAACAAGUAGAGCUUUAUCGGGACAAGUUACUACAGAGGGAGAAGGAGAAAGAAACGGAAAAAGACAAAGAGAAAGAAAAAGAGAGGAAAGACAAAGAGAAGUCUGAUGUGUCAUAUAAAGAAAAGGACAAAGAUGACUCCACACCAAGCAGAAAAGAAAAAAAACGAAGACACAGCCCCUCGCCCAGCCCCACCCGAAGUAGCAGCAGUAGACGCGGCAGGUCGCCAUCACCACGCUCUGAAAGAUCUUAUAUGAAAGACAGCUCUCGAUCUUCCUAUAAAGACUCUCCUAGAGACAGCAACCGCAAAUCAUCAAAAAGGUCUCCUUCACCGCCAAGAACGCCCAAAAGGUCACGCAGGUCCAGGUCAAGAACACCCAAAAAAUCCUCAAAGAAAUCAAGAUCUCCGUCACGAUCGCCUCACCGCUCUCACAAGAAAUCCAAAAAAAGCAAACACUGAGACUGCUGGCUUUUAUAAAGAAUAUGUCUGGGUGUUCUUUUGUGCCUCAAAUUUUGUCCUGUAAAACAAUGUGGGAGACAUUCUCUCUUUCACCCCCUCUUUUUGAAGCAUUGGCACAAAAACCGUGUUCUCAAUGGUAAUCUAUAGGGUGUUUUAUAAUGUCAUUUAGGAACUUCCUUUGAUGUUGAGAAAGAAUGGCUUCAUUGAGGGGAAAACAAUUGUCUUAUUUUUGUCAUGGUUUUUAGAUCCCUUGAAACUGACUUAAAUUAAAAUAGUGUAUGUUUCAGUUGUAUAGAUAUUUGCUUUUCAAUAAAGACCGUUGUAUGUGA